GGUCUGACCCAGCAUGUGUGCGUGAGAGUGUGUUUGAAUGAGUGUGUGUGCUGACAAACAGCUGGCAGAGGUGACAUUCAUCAGUUUUACCCGUUUGGAAUAAAUGAGAAGCUAUACAAUCUGGAUAUUUACAUGAAUCAGCGAUGCCCUGUGUACAAACCCAGUAUGCAUCCCUGCCGCAUGACAACUACUUCAGCUUCGAGUUCUUGAAUCCCGACCUCAGUGCCAAAUUGGUGAUGGACAUCGGUGGCCAAAAUGAACAGCUGUCUACAUCUUCGUUGCCCAGCAUCAACACCCUGGUGGGAAAUGGCUACGUGGGGGAGUUUGAUGCUUAUUCCUGCAAGAUUACCUCCCCUCCCACCUCUACAGUUUCAUUCAGCCACGGCGCCAUAGCUGAAAACUCCUGCCCUCAGAUGCAAAGCCACGCCUUCAAGGUGGAUGAUCUUCAGGUGUACGGCUGUUACCCAGGCUCCUUUGCGCUGAGCUGCCUUGACGAAACACUAUCGUCAUGCGGCUCUGACUACUAUGGCAGCCCAGUUUAUGCCGCUGCUUCCCCUCCAACGUCAGGCUUUCAGGCCCAAUCUGCACCUCUCUGGGAUUCCCCCUUCAGCCCCUACCCCUCAGCCUCCCCGUCCUCAAUGGCAGAUAAGGGCGCCGUUUCCCAGCAGCCCUCAUUCUUCACCUUCGGCAGCCCUGCACUAGAGCAACACUCUCCACUUGGACAGCAUCUGGAUGCUCAGGCAGGCCAUGAUGACCAUUUCUUCUUGCCCACUCAGCAGCAUCUCUCUCCGCUUGAUUGCCGUCCCUUGUCCGUGGAGCACGGACUCCUGGAAAGCCCCAGGACUGUAGAGGGGGCCAUGGCGUCUCCUAAAACACACAACUCGGGAUCCAGUGAGGGCCGCUGUGCAGUUUGCGGUGACAAUGCAUCCUGUCAGCACUAUGGAGUCCGCACCUGCGAAGGCUGCAAAGGUUUCUUCAAGCGAACUGUACAGAAAAAUGCAAAAUACGUGUGCCUCGCCAGUAAAGACUGUCCCGUGGACAAGAGGAGGAGAAACCGCUGCCAGUUCUGCCGUUUCCAGAAAUGUCUCGCCGUGGGGAUGGUCAAAGAAGUUGUUCGCACGGACAGCCUCAAAGGUCGUCGGGGUCGUCUGCCCUCCAAACCUAAGAGUGUGUCUGAGGCACCACCCGCCGCCCCUAGUGCCAACAUCAUAGCCUCUCUCGUCAGGGCUCACCUCGACUCAAACCCAGCCAUUGGAAAGCUUGACUACUCCAAGUACCAGGAGACUGUGGUCAACCUGAAAGAAAAGGAGGAAGCCGGAGAUAUCCAGCAGUUUUAUGACUUGCUAACCGAAGCUUUGGAUGUAAUAAGAAACUGGGCUGAAAGCAUCCCAGGAUUCAAAGAUUUCUGCACCGAGGACCAGGAGCUGCUCCUUGAAUCAUCUUUUGUUGAACUCUUCAUUCUGCGACUCGCAUACAGGUCAAAUCCAGAGAAGAACAAGCUGAUCUUCUGUAACGGUUUGGUCCUCCACCGACUGCAGUGCGUUCACAGUUUUGGUGACUGGAUUGACUCCAUCAUGGACUUCUCCCAGAACCUUCACCGUAUGAACUUAGAUGUCUCCUUGUUUGCCUGUCUCGCAGCGUUAGUUAUCAUCACCGAUCGCCAUGGCCUUAAAGAGCCCAAACGGGUCGAGGACUUUCAGAGUAAUCUCAUCACCUGUUUAAGGGAACAUGUGAGUGGAAGCGGAUCAGAAGCGAGCCGGGCCCAGCCUAACUAUCUUUCUCGUCUUUUGGGCAAACUCCCCGAACUGAGGACUCUGUGCACACAGGGCCUACAGCGCAUCUUCUACCUGAAACUAGAGGACCUGGUCCCUCCACCACCCAUAGUGGAGAAAAUCUUCAUGGAUACUCUGCCGUUCUAAAAAUACAUGACCACAAACAGGUUAUUUGUAAGGAUGAUGUACUCAAAGAACCUAUUAUGAGGUUUUAUCAUUGAACUCUAGUGGUGUACCUCCUUCUAUUACACCGAUUUGUGUGCAGAUACAUGUCUGACGUUCAAGAGACCAUAUAUUUUAUUUUAUUAUCAUUCACUUCAAAAAAAGAGUGUGGUACGAGUAUGAAUACGGCAUCAAAAUGUAUUUGUGACACUGUCACAGACAGAACUAAAAUGGUACAAACAGUUGAGGACACUGUUCAUAAAUGUGUAUUUCUGUGUGCAUUUGUAAACGUCCUUGCUGUGCUGGAUGUGUGAAUGUUGUCCUGCUAUGCAGCUGGUGAGCCAUGGAUAUUUGGGUGGAUACAAUGCAGUGUUACAUACUCAGCCCUUCCUAAAAGCAAAAGAAACACACUAAUCCCUUUUAAAAGCAGUGUUUAAAGUUGCUUUUUGAUCCAACUAAAAAGACAGUAGACAAUUGAGGAGAAAAUGGGCCGUUAGAAUCACACGUCCUCUCUGUAAAGAACUCCUUUUGUUUCAACAAGGAAAUUUUCACUUUGUUCAUUGUAUCACAAAAUUUUAAACCCUAAUUUGGCUCCUGUGGAAGGUCUCGGACCAAAGUUUACAUAUAUUUUGAUACUACCACUCAAAAACCUUAUUGCCCUAGGCUAAGCAAAAUGUUCUGCCGUCCCUCCAUGCUGCAACAAUUUGUAAAGUAGGAUGCAAGGCAGCGUUACCGUUGCAUUGCAUGUCCCUUUAACAACACACUUUGUGGGCUUUUAAGGACAAAAAUGGAAAAAAAGUGCCUUUUAUCAACUCCUUCAACAAUUGAGAACAAGUGAGUUGUCAUUCCAAACAUCACAUACAGCAAGCCCAAUUUAUUGUGACAAAUAAUAAUUUUGAGCGUUCAGUGUUCAUUGAAUGUUAUUUCAUUUUUGAAUAUGAUUUGGGGAAAGUGCCGGAUUGUGAUACAAAGUGCCUGAAGAAACCAAUUGUUUAAACCACAGCCAGUUUAAGUCAAAGGACAUAAAAACGUAUUUUCACCCAAGAAAGCAAACAUUUUACUUUGACAUCAACUGGUUUCUUGUCUUUGGCUGCAAAUACAUUAACCUGCAUGUUUGUAAAGCUUUCCAAAUGUCUUCCACAUUCUUCUCGAUUGCGCAGUUUCUAUGUUUGAUUUUUUUUACAUUUUCCUCUCCAAGUGAACUAAAGAAAUAUCUUGAGGAAUCACAGAUGGGACGAGAACAUGAGCAGCUAAGAGCACUUGCGCAAAAGUGUUCGAACAACACAAAGAACACUUCUUUCUUCUACUGUAUGUGUUGUUUCGUUUGAGAUGUGUGUGUGUGUGUGUGUGUGUGUGUGUGUGUGUGUGUGUGUGUGUGUGUGUGUGUGUGUGUGUGUGUGUGUGUGUGUGUGUGUGUGGACUUUGAAAAAUAGGGCUUUUGUAAAAUGGUGCAGAAGUGUUAAAAGAGAGAGAAUGUUUGAUAUUAAAACGUUUUUGAAAAUACA